CGCUCGAGCGAAUGAAAAAUCCGAUAAAGGCGGAUCGUUUUCCAUUCGGCAGGGAGGAGGAGGAGGAGAAAGACGGAGACGCGAGAGUGGCCCACUUGACCCCGCGAGAUCGAGCGCGGCGCGUUCUCUUUCAAAAGACGCUCGUGCGAAUCCGUGAUCCGCGCGCCGACGAUCACCGGCCGAUCAAAUGUACACCGACUGACGUUCAAAGGAAAUAUAUAGGGCGGAGUUGGAUGCUCCAGCCGACGGCGCCGGGACGCCCGUGAUUCGCGCGCGUACGGAUGUCCUCUCGCGCGCUCACGAGGAGGAGGAUCCUUUUCAGCGGAUGGAGAAGUAGAUCGUCUUCGACGUAAUCUGGCGUUGACGUGACCUAGCCUAACUUAUCCUCCAACUCCACCUGGUCUUCGUCACCCCUCGCCGCCCCAGGCUUAUCGCGUGUGUGAGUGUGCGCGCGCGCCCGCCCGGCCGUGGGCCUCCAAACUGUGUCCCGUCGGAUGGGGUGUAACUUGGCGCAUUAGCUGGGGGACAUCGACACGAGCCUGUAACCACCUUGCGACCAUCAACGAUGCCAGGAACGUGCUUGAUGACCGAUGCGGUCAGGACAGCGGAUAGUUAGUGAUGAGGAGGAGCAAGUUAUCGGCGUGCCGACGGCCCAGGUCACCAGUAACAUGCCAGUCCUUGGUCCCAGCGCCGAUCCAACUCCACUUCGAGGACUUCUGAUCGCCAUCUUCGUCCUAUUGUCCCUGCCGCGUUGUCGCUGCACGGAUCUAGGACAAUGCACUACAGCGUUGGGCAUGGAGAGCGGAGAAAUCCCCGAUGAAGACAUCUCGGCGAGUUCUAUGUACGAUCCCAGUCUCGGACCGAAACAUGCCAGGCUACGACAAGACAAAGGUGGCGGCGCUUGGUGCCCGAGAAAUAUGGUAACCAAGGAAGGCAAGGAAUACCUAGAGGUGAAUCUGCACACCCCGCGUUUGCUGACGUCCACCAAGACUCAGGGCAGAUUCGGCAACGGCAACGGCGUCGAGUACACCGAGGACUACUUUGUCGAGUAUUGGCGGCCAGGGUUCAACAAGUGGGUGCGAUGGAGGAAUCGACGUGGCAUAGAGCUUUUGGCGGGCAAUAACAAUCCAUAUUCGGAACAAGCGCAGAUCUUCGAUCCGCCUAUAGUCGCAACAAAAAUCCGCUUUAUCCCUUACACCUCUCAUAUGCGCACAGUAUGUAUGCGCAUAGAGCUUUACGGCUGUUCGUGGACGGAGGGUCUCGUCUCGUAUUCCAUGCCCCAAGGAAUCAAGAGGGGCUCCGAGGUUGACCUUUCCGACAGGACGUACGACGGCCGCGAGGAAGCGGGUUACCUCUCCGGGGGACUUGGUCAACUUGUCGACGGGCAAAAGGGUCCCGACAACUUCAGGGAGGACAACGGCUACGGAAAGGGGUACGAAUGGGUCGGCUGGCGAAACGACACACCCAACAUGCUCGGACGCCCCGUGGAAAUAACUUUCGAGUUCGACUACUCGAGGAACUUCACUGCCAUACACCUACACAUGAACAAUGUCUUCUCGAAGGACGUGCAGGUCUUCUCCUACGCGAAGGUCUACCUCGGCACAGGUGGCAACCAGUUUACCGGCGAGCCUGUCCAUUUCUCUUACAUACCCGAUCUGGUGCUCGAGCAGGCGCGCGAGGUCACCAUAAAGCUGCAUUCGCGCGCCGGCCGUUUCCUCAAGUUGCAGCUCUACUUCGCCGCGCGGUGGAUCAUGCUCAGCGAAGUAAUCUUCGAAUCAGUUAUCUCCGAAUGGAACAAUACCGAGGACGAGGAGGCGAAGAACAAGAGCGCCAUUGUACUGGCGACCGGCAGCCCCUAUCAAAAUAACGAGGGUCCACUGCAGAGAGACGAAGUGAAGGCUACUUUUAAUAAGGAGGAGAGCAAAGAUAACACCUUUCCAGAUAAGAGCAAGGAGCCGGAAUCGAAGCAGUUCGUCGGUUUAGUUAUCGGCAUCCUGACGACCGUAAUUGUGAUGCUGCUCGCGGCGAUCAUGUUCAUCUUUUAUAGGAACCGUAGGCUCAAAGCUGCUCUCGCGCCGUCAAACUUCUACGAUCACCAGGGCGAGCUCAAGGUCUCCGUGGCGGAGGAGGGCGAGGACAAGGGACCAAUUUGCCCCCCGCUCCCGACGCAGUAUCACCCGGCCACCUACAGCACGACGACGCCGCAAUUACACAAAACCGUCACGGAUUACACCGGGAUCAACGAGGUGCAGCCGGUUAUUCCGCUCCUGCUUAACUCGACGAUCAAUCUUGCCAGGCCAAUUCCGGCGGUCCAAGAAUAUCCGUCUAACCCGCCGCCCAUACCGCCCCCGCCGGAAAAGUAUUACGCCAGUACGGAGAUCUGCAAGAGCCCCCUUCCGCCGCUGCCACCCUCGCCGACACCGAGUACACCGCCGCCGACGAGCGCGAAAGCCUCCAGCAGCAUAACUAGCUACAGUCCGGAGGAUAUGCUCACGGAGGAGGAGGAGGAAAUACCCGAGUGUGUCCUUGAUUUUCCACGGGAAAAGCUCAACAUCGUUGAAAAUCUUGGCUGCGGAUACUUCGGCGACGUUCACCUCUGCGAGGUUGACAGGUUUCCCGGUUACGACGAGGUCUUCAGGAAUACCUCCAGCGAUCUGGUCAUUGUUAAAUCCCUUAAACCAGGAUCGUCGGACGCUCUUAGGAUAGAAUUUCAACAGGAGGCAAAGAGACUGGUACGACUCGCCGAUCGAAAUGUCGCGCGGCUACUCGGUGCCAGCCUCGAGGACGAUCCCAUGUGCAUCGUAUUGGAAAACGGCGAGUACGGGGAUUUGAAUCAAUACCUGCAGAGUCACAUCGCCGAAACUUCCAACUUGCACACGGCCAAGACGCUUAGUUUCGGCACAUUGGUUUACAUGGCCGCGCAAAUAGCAUCCGGUAUGAAGUAUCUCGAGGAAAUGGACUUCGUGCAUCGGGAUCUCGCCACAAGGAAUUGUAUCGUGUGUCGCGGAUGCACGAUUAAAGUAUCUGAUUUGGGCAGCGGACGGAGCGCGUAUGCGGCGGAUUACUUCCGUGUCGAAGGACGUCCUCCAUUACCAAUUCGAUGGAUGCCAUGGGAAUCGAUGCUAAUGGGAAGGUAUACGUGCAAGGGCGACGUCUGGGCGUUUGCCGUUACGAUGUGGGAAAUUCUGACGUUCGCGCGGGAGCAGCCCUUCGAGGAGUUUCCGGAUCAUCGAAUAGUGGAGAACGCGACUUACUUUUAUCAAGAGGAUGAGCGAAGGAUGAUACUACCGCUGCCAAAGAACUGUCCUAAAGAGAUCUACGAUCUGAUGCGCGAGUGUUGGCAGAGAAACGACGUCGACCGGCCAAACUUUCGCGAGAUCCACCUGUUCCUGCAACGAAAGAAUCUCGGUUACAAGCCCGGUGAGUCCAACGAUACUUGAUAUAGAGAAUUGGAAGGCUGGAACCUCAUCCGGCUUUCUAUGAUCGGCGAGUUAAACGGCAAUUGGUGGAACUGCCCCUCAUCGACCAAGCUAGACCAAGUCAGACCAAGUUAGUACCUAGGGUGAAGGUCCAUAAAUCGGCUGUAACAAACGUAAAUUGUUUGCGACGGGCAUGGUCGGAUGCGUUCGCCGCGUCGAUGAUACCGCACGAUGACACGUGCGAAAGGAGGAUGUAAGAAUCUACGAGCCGAUCGCGCCAACAACUUUUCACGGUUCAUGACGUUAAUAUGUCACCUUUUUUGCUGUCGCCAUACAUCGUUGUGAAUAGUGCCGUGAAUUUUAUCGAUAACCGGUACGAACCGCUCGAAUCACCGUCGCCGUGGCGUCUGUGUGCAAACUACACAGACAUUACAACUCACAAAAUUCACGUUUUUUUUCUUUUAAUCAUUUCUUUGCGUGAGUCAAGACUGCAAGACCGCUAUCGCUGCAAACGGUUCGACGUUCGUCUCGGGAUAUACGUAAUCUGACGAAUGCUUGGCAAUAGCCAUACAAUUUUUAUUUUAUAAACGCGCUAUUUUUUAAUCUGCAAUAUUAAAGUUUUGCACACAUCGUUUCAUACUCUGGGAAAAGCAAGACAGUUAGCAACCCGUUUUGGGGCCCACAAUUAGUAAUCGAAUUAUUUGAAUUGAA